AGUGUCUCUGCGUUUCCCAAAGCUGCUGCAAGGCACGGGGGGUGGUUUCCAGCCCAGCAGCCUCGCUGGGGUGAAGGUCUUGUGUGGGGUUGCCAGCUCUGGAGGCGUUUCCUGCCUUUGUAAUUUAGCCUGAUGGACCUUAAACAUCUCCCUUAGGGCUUCCCAUGCCCCAGUGCCCAAUGAAGGGAUCAGUCUCUUCUCAAGGGGUUUUAACGGUGCUUUAAAUGAGCUUCGUGUUUCUGGCAACAGAGCUUGGUCCACGCUGUGCCUCUGGUAAAGAGGGAGGUGUGGUCUGCAGUGUGUAAAUAAUGUUUGUUGAUGGGCGGUUUUGCUUGCCAACAGUGUAAAAACCAUUGCCGUGGGCCUCAUCGACCUCAUGUGCACAGCUGUCCUGGUGCCCACGGGGAUAAGGAUGUAGGGGUGCUACCAGGACCCUACCCGAUUGUUGAGGACCCUGGCACCUGUGAUAUCGUCAAGGCUACACAGUAUGGGAUAGUAGAGCGAUGCAAAGAACUGGUAGAAGCAGGAUUUGAUGUCCGACAACCAGACAAAGAAAAUGUGACUCUUCUCCACUGGGCAGCAAUAAACAACAGACAGGAGCUGGUUAAGUAUUAUAUUUCUAAGGGUGCAGUAGUGGAUCAGCUUGGUGGAGAUUUGAAUUCAACUCCCCUUCACUGGGCCAUUAGACAAGGACACCUGCCCAUGGUGAUGUUGUUGCUGAAAUGUGGAGCAGAUCCCAGUCUUAUAGAUGGGGAAGGAUUCAGCAGCAUUCAUCUAGCAGUGCUGUUCCAACACAUGCCCAUUGUAGCUUACCUCUUAUCAAAAGGCCAGAACAUAGACACAACAGACCUCAAUGGGCAAACACCUUUAAUGUUAUCAGCACAAAAAGCUAUUGGACCAGAACCCACGAGGUUUCUCUUGAAGUUUAACCCCUGUCUCAAUGCUGUAGACAGUGUUCAAAAGAACACUGCCCUGCAUUGGGCAAUAGCAUCAGGAAACACUGGUGCAGUGGACCUGUUGCUGGAAGCUGGAGCUAGCCUGGACAUAAAAAAUGCCAAGGGAGAGACACCACGUGACCUUGCCUGUCAGAGUCAGAAUGGCUUCAUCCUUUACAUGGUGAAAGAGGAAGAAAGGAUAAGGAGCAGAAGAAGUAGCAGGUUACUGAAGAUAGUAGAGAAAUACGAGCUCUUCCUGCUGUUGGCAUCGUCCUUGACGUUCAUGUGGGCCAUAGGAUACAUAAUGAACUCAAGUUCUGAUUCUUGGCUUUUGAAAGGAGGUCUCCUUCUCAUCCUGCUCUUUGUGAUGACUCUGUUUGUGAGGCAGUUUAUAGGGUACAAGAAUCUAAGGUAUCUUCCCACAGCAUUUCUGCUAAGUUCAGUUUUUUGGAUGUUCGUGACCUGGUUUUUCUGGUUCCUGCCUUAUGUAGGCAGUACAAUUAUUGAAAUCACUGUCAUGAUCUGUGUGAUGGGUCUUCUUUAUUAUUUCUAUAAAACUUGGAGAACUGAUCCUGGGUAUAUCAGGACUUCAGAAGAAGAAAGAAAAGAGAACAUUGUGGCUCUUGCAGAAGCAGGUUGCUUGGACUUCAGAACAUUUUGCACCUCAUGUCUUGUAAGGAAGCCUCUGAGAUCCAUGCACUGCCUUGCUUGUGAUUCAUGUGUGGCCAGGUACGACCAGCAUUCUCUGUGGAUUGGACGGUGUGUAGGCCUUGGGAACCAUCGAUACUACCUAUUAUUCCUGUUUUUCCUGUCUGUGACCAGUGGCUGGCUGCUUUAUGGAACUCUUCUGUAUUGGUCAAACCACUGUGCAACAAGUUAUCACCAAGAUGGAGCGUGGAUGUACUUGACACAGAUAAUAUACUGCUCUCCCUGGGUCUUCUACAUCUUCUCAGUAGCCAGUUUUCAUGCUGUGUGGACUUCUUUGUGGCUAACUGUUCAGCUCUAUCAGAUUGCAUUCUUGGGAUUGACCUGGCAUGAGAGAAUGAACAUCCUGAUGCAGAAUAAAUCCUCUAAGCAUCCUGUUUCACUCAGGAGAACUCCAUAUAAUCUUGGAUGCUUCCAGAAUCUUGCAGACUUUUUUCAGUGCAGUUGCUUUGGUAUGGUCAAACCCAAUGUAGUUGACUGGACCAAACAAUACAAUCUUUUUCAUCUGGCAAAGGAGAAAAAUGUUCAUUCUGUAUGAAACUUUGAUUUCUAAAGCUGUUGACUUGAAAGUGAAAUAAAAGUGGAUAUUUUGUUAAUUUUUACAAAUUCUUCUGAA